CUGAGCUGUCCCUCCAAGGAGGGGGCAUGGUGUGGAUAAAAGAGACCUAAAAGCAGGGGGAGGUUUCCAAAAAUAAAACCGUCCGGUUCCCUUCAGAAGACUUCAGUGACAGAAGAGGAGGCGGGAAGGUGCAGCGGUGGUGCGCGGCGGGCUGGAGACGAAGUGCGGACGCGAGGCUCAGGGCGCGCAGACCUCGGCGGCGUACGCCACCCGGUCCUCGCUCCGGAGACAGCCCGACCCCAGUCAGCUUAUUCCCGGGCCUUCUAGACCAGAAGAAAGAGGGCCGCCUGGCAGGGUCCAGAGCACAGCUCGAGCGCGCCAAUUCCAAGCCCCCGCGCGGCUCCCUGAGCGCAAGGCUCUCUGGCCGCCAUGAGGCCACCGCCCGCAGCCCGCUGCCCCGAGCUUCUACUGCAGAACCUUUGGAAGGGCUUCUUGCCGCUCCUCCUGGCUCUCUUCGUGGGCAUGAGUUAUGCCCAGAGGGACCCAGUCGGGAGAUACCAGCCGACUGGUAGGGACGCGAAUCGGCUGAGGCGCCCCGGGGGCAGCCAUCCAGUGGCGGCUUCAGCGAAGGUAUACAGUCUGUUUCGGGAGCAGAACGCGUCCGUCCCGGGCUUGCCAUCCGAGGAGCCGCCCCAGCGGGGCUGGGGGAGUCCCAGAAAUUCCGCCGAGGCGGAGGCCAGGAGGCCUUCCAGCGCGCAACAUCCUCGCGGAGUCCAGCCACCUGCGCAGCCGCGGAGACGCAGCCCCCAGGGCCAGCAGCAGCCCACAGCCUGGUCUCGGGCAGCUCCGGCUCUGAGGCGCCUCCGGACCUCGCAGCGGCCAGGGGCUGCGCCCCCAACCCCGCCUCGAAGGCGGCUCACGGGGAGAAACGUCUGUGGAGGACAGUGCUGCCCGGGGUGGACGACAGCGAACAGCACCAACCACUGUAUCAAACCUGUGUGCCAGCCGCCAUGCCAGAACAGGGGCUUCUGCAGCCGGCCCCAGCUCUGCAUCUGCCGCUCAGGCUUCCGUGGAGCCCGCUGUGAGGAGGUCAUUCCGGAGGAGGAAUUUGACCCCCAGAACUCCAGGCCAGCACCCCGUCGCUCAGCCGAGGGUUCCCCCAACCUGCGCAGGAGCAAUGCGGCCAGAGAAGACACCAUGGCCAGAACACGGCCACCGGCACCACAGCCACCACUGCCUGGGACCCUGAGUGGACUCAGCCAGACCCGACCCUCCCAGCAGCAGGUGGGGCUGUCCCGGACCGUCCGACGUUAUCCAGCUGCCGCUGCCAGUGGCCAGCUGACUUCCAAUGCACUGCCAGUGGGACCAGGCCCUGAGCAGAGGCAAGGCGCCCAGCAGGCAGCAUAUCUGGGCCAAGUCUCAUCCGCCUGGGGGCUGAACCUCACGGAGAAAAUCAAGAAGAUCAAGAUCGUCUUCACUCCCACCAUCUGCAAGCAGACCUGUGCCCGUGGGCACUGUGCCAACAGCUGUGAGCGUGGCAACACCACCACCCUGUAUAGCCAGGGUGGCCAUGGGCAUGACCCCAAGUCUGGCUUCCGCAUCUAUUUCUGCCAGAUCCCCUGCCUGAACGGAGGCCACUGCAUCGGCAGGGAUGAGUGCUGGUGCCCUGCCAACUCCACCGGGAAGUUCUGCCACCUGCCUAUCCCGAAGCCGGAGAGGAAGCCUCCAGAGGGGGUCUCCCACCACUGGGCCCUGCUGGAAAGCCCCCUGAAGCAGUCCACCUUCACAUUACCUCUCUCCAACCAGGUCGCCGCCAUGAACCCCUCCAUGGUGAAGGUGCACAUCCGCCACCCGCCCGAGGCCUCCGUGCAGAUCCACCAGGUGGCGCGGGUGCGGGGCGAGGCGGAGGAGGCCCGGGAGGACAAUACCGUGGAGACCAGACCCUUGCCCCGGCUCCCCGCCAGCCCCGGCCACAGCCGCUGGGACAGCAACAGCAUCCCCACUCGCUCUGGACAGCCCGUUCGGCCACCGCCCCCCGCGGCACACAGGCCUUGGGGACCGCUGGGCCGGUGUUACCUGAGCGCUGUGAACGGGCAGUGUGCCAACCCACUGCUGGAGCUGACACCCCAAGAGGAUUGCUGUGGCAGCGUGGGAGCCUUCUGGGGGGUAACCUCGUGCUCCCCAUGCCCGCCCAGACCAGCCGCCCCGGUGAUUGAAAAUGGCCAGGUGGAGUGUCCCCAGGGCUACAAGAGACUGAAUCUCACUCACUGCCAAGAUAUCAACGAGUGCUUUGUCCUGGGCCUCUGCAAGGACUCGGAGUGUGUGAACACCAGGGGCAGCUACAUCUGCACCUGCAGACCUGGCCUCAUGCUGGACCCAUCUCGGAGCCGCUGUGUGUCGGACAAAGCCGUCUCCAUGCAGCAGGGAUUGUGCUACCGGUCGCUGGGGCCUCACACCUGCACGCUGCCUUUGGCCCAUCGGAUCACCAAGCAGAUAUGCUGCUGCAGCCGUGUGGGCAAAGCAUGGGGCCCUGGGUGUGAGAAGUGCCCCUCACCUGGCACAGAGGCCUUCAGAGAAAUCUGCCCGGCUGGCCAUGGCUAUACCUACUCAAGCUCAGACAUCCGCCUGUCCAUGAGGAAAGCUGAGGAGGAGGAACUGGCCAGGCCCUCCAGAGAGCAAGGGCAAAAGAGCAAUAGGACCCUGCCUGGAUCUGCGGAGAGGCAGCCGCUCCGGGCAGCCACCAGCACCUGGCUUGAAGCUGGGACCAUCCCUGACAAGGGUGACUCUCAGGAUGGCCAGGUCACGACCAGUGUCACCCAUGCACCUAUCUGGGUCCCAGAUGCCAUGAGAAGACCCACUCCACCACUACCUGCCCAGGAGAUUCCAGAGACCUGGGAAGAAGAGCAAGUGACCUCCCGCACUGACGUGCUAGUGACCCUGGGCCCCCCAGCUCUGUCUCCCACAGGCAUUGAUAAAUGUGCCACAGGAGCCACCAACAUCUGUGGCCCUGGAACCUGCGUGAACCUCCCAGAUGGAUACAGAUGUGUCUGUAGCCCCGGCUACCGGCUACACCCCAGCCAGGCCUACUGCACGGACGACAACGAGUGCCUGAGGGAACCCUGCGCAGGAAAAGGACGCUGUGUCAACAGUGUGGGCUCCUACUCCUGUAUCUGCUACCCCGGCUAUAUGCUGGCCACCUCAGGGGCCACGCAGGACUGCCAAGAUAUAGACGAGUGUGAGCAGCCGGGGGUGUGCACUCGGGGGCGGUGCACCAAUACGGAGGGUUCAUACCACUGCGAGUGUGACCAGGGCUACAUCAUGGUCAGGAAGGGACACUGCCAAGAUAUCAAUGAAUGCAGUCAGCCUGGCACCUGCCCUGAUGGGAGAUGCGUCAACUCCCCUGGCUCCUACACUUGUCUGGCCUGUGAGGAGGGCUACAGGGGACAGAGUGGGAGCUGUGUAGAUGUGAAUGAGUGUCUGACUCCAGGGGUCUGUGCCCAUGGAAGGUGCAUCAACCUGGAUGGCUCCUUCAAAUGCUCUUGUGAGCAGGGUUAUGAGGUUACCUCAGACGAGAAGAGCUGCCAAGAUGUCAAUGAGUGCACCAGCCGGGCCGCAUGCCCCACUGGCCUCUGCCUCAACACUGAGGGCUCCUUCUCCUGCUCGGCCUGUGAGAGCGGGUACUGGGUGAAUGAAGAUGGCACUGCUUGUGAAGACCUAGAUGAGUGUGCCUUUCCGGGAGUCUGCCCCACCGGAGUCUGCACCAACACUGUCGGCUCCUUCUCCUGUAAGGACUGUGAUAGAGGCUACCGGCCCAGCCCCCUGGGCCACACCUGUGAAGAUGUGGAUGAGUGUGAAGACCCCCAGAGCAGCUGCCUGGGAGGCAAGUGCAAGAAUGUGGCUGGCUCCUACCAGUGCCUCUGCCCCCCAGGCUUCCAGCUGGCCAACGGCACCGUGUGUGAGGAUGUGGAUGAGUGCGUGGGAGAAGAGUACUGUGCACCACAUGGCGAGUGCCUCAACAGCCACGGGUCCUUCUUCUGUCUCUGUGCACCAGGCUUUGCCAGCACAGCAGGAGGCACCAGCUGCCAGGAUGUAGACGAGUGUGCAGCGACAGACCGGUGUCUAGGAGGGCAGUGUGUCAACACCGAGGGCUCCUUCAACUGUCUGUGCGAGACUGGCUUCCAGCCCUCCCCAGAGAGCGGGGAGUGUGUGGAUAUUGAUGAGUGUGAGGACUACAGCGACUCGGUGUGUGGAGCCUGGAAGUGUGAGAACAGCCCUGGCUCCUUCCACUGUGUCCUGGGCUGCCAGCUGGGUUUCCACAUGACCCCAACUGGAGACUGCAUUGACAUAGAUGAGUGUGCCAACGACACUGUGUGUGGGAGCCAUGGCUUCUGUGACAACUCCGAUGGCUCUUUCCGCUGCCUCUGUGACCAGGGCUUUGAAACCUCGCCCUCAGGCUGGGACUGUGUUGACGUGAAUGAGUGUGAACUCAUGCUGGCCGUGUGUGGGGCUGCGUUCUGUGAGAACGUGGAGGGCUCCUUCCUGUGCCUCUGCCCCAGCGACCUGGAGGAGUACGACGCUCAGGAAGGGCGCUGCCAUCCACGGGCAGCUGGAGGUCAGAGUAUCCCUGAGGCCCCGACGGUGGACCACCCCACGGGCCCCAUCCGCAUGGAAUGCUACUCUGGACAGAAGGGCCAACCACCCUGCACCAGCAUCCUGGGCCGGAACACCACGCAGGCUGAGUGCUGCUGCACCCAGGGUGCCAGCUGGGGAGACACCUGUGAGCUUUGCCCAUCCGAGGACUCAGUGGAAUUCAGCGAGAUCUGCCCCAGUGGUAAAGGCUAUAUCCCUGUGGAAGGAGCCUGGAUGUUUGGACAGACCACGUACACAGAUGCUGAUGAGUGUGUGAUGUUCGGGCCGGAUCUCUGCCAGAAUGGCCGGUGCCUCAACACGGUGCCCGGCUACACCUGCCUGUGCGAUCCUGGCUACAGCUAUGAUGCCUCCCGCAAGAAGUGUGAGGAUCACGACGAGUGCCAGGCCAUGGCCUGUGAGAACGGCGAGUGUGUGAACACGGAGGGCUCUUUCCACUGCUUCUGCAGCCCCCCCCUCAUCCUGGACCCCAGCCGGCAGCGGUGUGUGAAUGGCACCAGCAGCAUGGAUGACCUCCCUGACCACGACAUCCACUUGGACAUCUGCUGGAAAACAGUCACCAAUUAUGUGUGCAGCCAGCCCCUGCGCGGGCGCCGCACCACCUACACGGAAUGCUGCUGCCAGGACGGCGAGGCCUGGAGCCAGCAGUGUGCUCUGUGUCCCCCCAGAAGCUCUGAGGUCUACGCCCAGCUGUGCAACGUGGCCCGGAUCGAGGCGGAGCGGGAGGCCGGGGUCCACUUCCGGCCAGGCUAUGAGUAUGGCCCUGGGCCUGAUGACCUGCAGUACAGCCUCUACGGCCCCGAUGGGGCCCCCUUCUACAAUUACCUGGGUCCUGAGGACAACAUCCCUGAGCCACCCUUUCCCAACACGGCCAGCCACCCAGGGGACCACACACCCGUCCUUGAAUCUCCCCUGCAGCCUCCAGAAGCCCAGCCGCACUAUGUGGCCAGCCACCCAGCAGAGCACCAGGCUGGCUUCGAAGGGCUUCAGGCAGAGGAGUGCGGCAUCCUGAACGGCUGUGAGAAUGGCCGCUGCGUGCGUGUGCGGGAGGGCUACACCUGCGACUGCUUUGAGGGCUUUCAGCUGGAUGCGGCUCACAUGGCCUGUGUGGAUGUGAAUGAGUGUGAGGACUUGAAUGGGCCUGCUGCGCUCUGUGCCCACGGCCACUGUGAGAACAUGGAGGGCUCCUACCGCUGCCACUGCACCCCAGGUUAUGUGGCCAAGGCAGACCCCCCACACUGCGCUGCCAAGGAGUAACAGUUAGGGGUGUGGGCAGCUACCUGGAAAUGGCCCCCAGCCACAGGUGGGGGCCUUGAGGAUGCUUUCCUGGCUGGGAAGACACCAUGAUGACAUCAGGCAGGAGACCCUGGAGCCCAGCCCCCAGCCAGCCUUGCCCACUUUUCAUCUUUCAGCUUAGGCUCUGGCUGUGAGCUUCCACCACUGCCUCCAUGCCACCAUGUCCUUGCUUGGCUCAAACACCACCAAAUGUUUUAAUGCUUCAGCCUUUGGCCAUGAGGCCCAGUUUACUACCUGUCCUAGCCUUGCUAUGGAAUGCUUACCAAAGGCUGGCUGGCCCUCAGCUCCCCCCUCAAGCUGUACAAAUAGGCAAGGCCCUUUUGCCUCACACUGCAGACACCCCUUUCUAGCCGUGAUCCACAUAUCAUCCUGAUGAUUCCACAUCUGGGACAGAGGUGAUAUCUGCCCUGGGACAGUCCUUCAGAAUCUGUGGAGCAAGAAAGGGUUGAGGGGGAGUUGGGGAUUGACCUUAAUGGCCCCUCCCAAGAACCAUCACUGUCAUUCAGCCAGUCUGGUCUGGGCCCUGCUUUAUGCCACAUCUCCAUCCUGUAGGCAGUUCUGUGGCCCCAAGGAGGGGCAGAAGAGCCCCUCAUUUCAGAGAAGCAAGACUAAUACUAGCUUGCUGAGUGUAAAAGACACAAAUGAAAAGGAGCAAGGAGCCCGAGAAAGCAGCAAGAAGAAAAUAGGAAAAGUAUGGAGAGUCAAUAAGAAAGGGGGAGCCAGGGCUUUAUACAAGUCCAAAGAAAAUAUGUAGUAGCUUUGGGUAAAUUGCCAUUCAAAAUCUACCAGGCAAUAGCCCCUGUGCACCAGCAGCAAGAGCUGCCACAAGACAAGGUGCUGGUCUCCAAAGACCUUUAUUAAAUAUAUAACCCCCUCUCACAGGAGCCAAGUCUCUCUUAUGCUCCCCUUUUGUGAAAACCAGUUUGAUGUGCUACAAAUAAAAAGGUCUAUUUUCUAGCUGGUAGAAUACAGUGUGGUCUUGUUCAGGGGAAGCCAGAUUUCCAAUGUUGCCUUUCCCCUCUACUCAGAAGCCCCAGCCCUCCUCCCCUUCAUGGAAUAGAUGGUUGGCAUCCCUCUGAGUUUACAAGGAGACCCAGCUCCAACCCAGGCUAGCUGGGAGCUGAAAACCAUGGUGGAAUAAAGAAAUGCACAUUUGGGCUC